UCAGACAACAUUGGUAUAAAAUAAUAUAUAUAUCAUCUAAUAUAAGACUGAAGAAAGAUAUUAUACACAACAAAAUUUACAAAUGAGUUAGCAACUUCUGUCGUCAGCAAAGAUCACAACUGAUGGAAAUAUGAUGUAGAAAUGUUUACUAGAAAGGCAAUAUGAAAACAAGAAGAAACAAAAUCUCUGUCUGUAUAUUGUGAUGAGGGAAGAAAAAUAAUGGAAAAGGAAUUGUCCAAGAACCAGUUUAAAUGUAACACACAGUCUAAAAUGAUUGAUUUUCCUGAUGAGAUGGGAAGGAAAUUGUACCACUGUGAUAUCUGUAAAAAGUCCUUCUCUCAAAAAAGUAAGCUUACCACUCACAAGCGUAUUCAUACAAGAGGAAAACCAUAUCAUUGUGACAUCUGUGGUAAGUCGUUUUCUCUAAGAAGUGACCUGACUAAUCAUGAAAAUAUGCAUACAGGUAAAAAACCAUAUCACUGUGACAUCUGUGGUGAAUCCUUCUGCAAAAGUAGUACUUUAACUAGUCACAAACGUAUCCAUACAGGUGAGAAGCCAUAUCACUGUGAUACCUGUGGCAAAUCAUUCUCUCAUGGAAGUACGUUGACAUCACACAAACGCGUUCACACAGGAGAAAAGCCUUACCACUGUAAUAUCUGUGGUAAAUCAUUCUCUCGAAAUGGAUCUUUAAUUAUUCACAAGCAUAUUCAUACUGGAGAAAAACCAUAUCACUGUGAUAUCUGUGGUAAAUCAUUCUCGCGAAAUAGUUACUUGACUUCUCACAAACGUAGUCAUACAGGAGAGAAACCAUAUCGCUGUGAUAUCUGUGGUAAAUCAUUCUUUCGAAAUGUUGACUUAACUAGUCACAAACAUAUUCAUACGGGAGAAAAACCAUAUCAGUGCGAUAUCUGUGGUAAAUCAGUCUCUCAAAGAAGUCAUUUAAAUACUCACAGCCGUAUUCAUACAGGAGAAAAACCUUAUCACUGUGAUGUCUGUGGUAAAUCCUUCUCGCAAAAUGAUACCUUAACUAUACACAAACGUAGUCAUACGGGAGAAAGGCCAUAUCUCUGUGAUGUCUGUGGAAAAUCAUUCUCUGAAGGAAGUCACUUAACUACACAUAAGCGCAUUCAUACAGGAGAAAAACCAUAUCACUGUGAGUUCUGUGAUAAAUCAUUCUCUCAAAGUCAUGAUUUAACUAUACACAAACGCAUUCAUACUGGAGAAAAGCCAUAUUGCUGUGAUAUCUGUGGGUAUCUAAGCAAACCUUUAGUUGACACACCUAGAAUUGACAGAAUUCAUAAACUUGUUCAUUGUGUGAUAAAAGUUGCACAUGUCUCUGAACUGUUGUCCACUAACUCUUUACUUACUUAG